AUGGCACAUUGCAGGGCGAGUAAAUGGUUUUCCCGAGCUGAGGUGCUGGGCAUUGAUGUUGGGAUUAAUCACCUCAUGGAUUUGGAGGCUGAGGAAGCUAAUGGAGUGACAAAGAAGGAAAACCGGCUGGCUGCAUGCUUGGGAAUUAGGCUUCUGUCACUUGGGGAGCGUUUGGGUGGAAAACAAAGCAGAGCCGUGCAAAGUCCUAAGCUGUUCUUGACUGGGCCUUGUCUCCUUAGGAUCGGCCCGAAGGAAGAUUUCUUCCACUGUUCAAAGUGUAAUUUAUGCCUAAGUUUGAGUCUUCGAGGGAAACACAAGUGCAUCGAAAACGUCUCCAGGCAAGAUUGUCCAAUAUGUUUGGAGGACAUUCACACGUCUCGUGUUGGAGCUCAUGUUCUGCCAUGUGGUCACCUUCUUCACAGAACGUGUUACGAGGACAUGUUAAAGGAAGGUUACAGAUGUCCUUUGUGCAUGCACUCGGCUUUAGAUAUGACAAGGUACUGGCGCCAGCUGGAUGACGAAGUAGCACAGACUCCUAUGCCCACAGAGUAUCAGAACAUGAUGGUGGAGAUCCUUUGUAAUGAUUGCAAUGCCAGGUCUACAGUGCAGUUCCAUCUCCUAGGCAUGAAGUGUACAAACUGUGAAUCAUACAAUACUGCCCAAGAUGGAAAAUGCAGGCUGACUUUGGAGGAGCAGUGAUUAAGAUGCACACUGCAUACAGCUGGUCAAGGAAAACGCUACGGUGGAAGAGACUGUUUUCUAAACAAAAAAAAAAACUCUGUAACAAAUUUAUUCAAACCCAUCAUGCCCAAAGUAAUACCUGCCACAGCAUGGUCAGGCUCUUAAGGAAAUUCCCCGUCCAGCAGUGUGUGACAGCCUGAGAAGGUUAGUCUGAGAGAAUGCCCUCUUUUAGAGAGGGUUUUACUGCAUCAUAAAAAAGGCAACCUAGGCGAAUAACUAAUGAGAUGCAAAAGGAGAUGUAGAAGCAAUAGCUGGCAGAGCAGAACAUAUUUUGGGGCAGCCAAAGGCUGAUCUGGCUUACAGAGGCUCCGAGCGUAACACAGGGUGGAGGUAUAGCUAUUCUGGUUGCAACUCAUGGGGAAAAUUGGUAGCUUUGAGAUGAUACCUUACAUAAAGCUGCCAUCUGCAAAGUUUUGCAUAAGUACGUCCUGUUCCUUUUAAACAACGUGUUUGUUCUGGGGCCUCAGAGCCAUCAAGCAAAUGGAUGGAAAGAAUGAGCUUGCAGAAAUUGCAUCCCUCGGUCUGAUUUGUAGGCACGCGUGCACACACUGUGUGUACAGAAUUCAUUUCAAAAGCAAGCCUGGUGUGCGUAUGUAUGCAUGACGAAUGGCUUCAGAAUCAAGCUGCAGGGCUGCCCUCCCACAGGUCCUCGUGACCUGGUGUCUGUUCGUUUAGAUUCCCUUGCCAGCUGCCAUUGCAUUUAUGCCGAUUUCUUCCUAAUUUGUUUAUACAUUUACAGAGGCCUGGGUGUCAUAGGGUUUUAGACACAUACGUAGCUUGACAUGUUGAUGGUUCAGUACGUGAAGUGAAGCACAUAGUGUUGUCUCUGCAGGAUUGCCAUCAGGCCAACUAAUCCUGCUAAGCCUGAGAUAGUUGCUAAAGUGCAGCUGUUCAUAGAAGGACCUUCAAGUCAUGCAGGGACUAGCCUUCCCUGACUUUUUUUUUUUUUUUUGUUUAUGGUAUCUAAUUUCAUUGUGGGAGAAGGGAGGAUGUAGGAAUGUUUUUGGGUGGUUUUUUUCCUUUUUUUAAAAAAAGGAAAAAAAACUCACCCUUCUCUUUUAUAUUGAUAUCCUGCCCAGUGUUUUGCAGACUAAAUAUUGCAGCAAGUCCUUAGUUUCUGAGAAUUUCAGAAAGUUCAGAUGGUGUGGGGCAUGGCUCCUACUGUCCAAACUGCAUGAAAUGCAAAAAAAGCACACAGUUCCUCCUCACUGUACAACUACUUGUCUUCAACUUGCUCUGUGGUAAAGCAACGGACUUCUUGAUCUGACAGUGUCCUUUUAUGUAUGAAAUACUAGGAAUCAGACGAUUGUAUUGCCGUAGCUUGCAGUUACUUGGGUAUCUUUUUCUGAAGCACUUUUCUCACUGCUAUAAAUGAAUGUAACAUAAUGUCUCUAUUAAAACGAAUUCUACUA